GCUUUUUGAUAUCACCACCCUGUUUCCUCGCUACACAAAAUGUCCGAAAGCGACGACAGCGAGAAAUGUUUUACUCUAUGGGUCGGAAGUCUACACCCCAAAGUUACCGAGGAGCUUCUGUGGGAGCUAUUUUUACAGGGGGGUCCGUUGGAGAGCGUCUCGUUACCAAAACAGCUGAGCGAGAGCGAGAGUCCGUCCGAACGCGUGCAUCGAGGCUUUGCGUUCGUUCGUUUCACUCACUGGGAGUCUAUUCCUUACUGUGAGAAGAUCUUCGCGAAUACGACUCUAUUCGGUCAGAGGCUCGUUGUCAGAGCAUCCCACGGUCGAGAUCCGGGCUCUCGCAGCCGGGGAUCCCAUACAGGUGACACAGGCCACUCGCAGAGUUUCCCUUCUUGGCAAUUUUCUGGCGGGGAUCCGGGACCUUCCAAACGUUACUCAUUACCCGGAUUUCAGCAGACCCGUAUGACUCCACUUCAGCAUUUUAGGCCACCUUUCAUGACAUCUCCACUCGGUUUCUCAACUCCUGUGAGGCCACCGGGUGUCGUGUCUUCACCGGUUGUGCCGCCUGUUGCUGGUUUACUAAGCUAUGCAUACCCUGGUGAUCCAAAUCGGACGGCAAUGUCUCCUACAGUUGAUGGACGGAGAGAAGACACGCAGUCCGAGAGUCGUGGUUCACGCACCGGACCGUACAGAGACGGUUACCCGGAUCGGAGAGUGUCACGUGACUUUGGUGGUUACCAUGACAACAUGAGAGGAAUUUCUCAUCAACGAUUUGCAGAAGACGGUCGCUAUAGAGAUAGUCACGAUUCGAGAGAUCGAUACGAACGGGACAGGUACCAGGAUAGAGGACAUUCGUACGAAUCCGGCAGAGACAGAGAUUGUGAUUAUGAUCAGUAUAGUAGCAGUCGCAGAUCCGAGGCAAGCGUUUACGAUGAUCGCUCGUACAGACAGAAAUACGAUGAUUAUAGGACUAGAGAGCGUGAUGUUGGCGUUGGUCGAAGCGGGAGGUACAGAGAUAGUUCGUACAGUGGGAGAUACUCAGACGACUAUUGAUAUGUGAAGACGUCUGUUUGAGUUGAUAAACACACUUUGUAAAGACUAGAUCACGUGACUUGUAAUUUAAUAUUAAAAGUUGCUCGUGUAGUCAAGCUCAUUGCGUACAUGUACACUGUACUUACAGGGAGGUAAAUACCCACAACACACGAGGCCUGGAAUAUAAUAAGACAAUCGAGUGCGUUUUUGUGUACAA